CAUCUUCAGCCAUUAAUUCUCGUAUAUAUUAUAUGUCUCAGUUGUUUCUUUCUUAGAAUCCCAGUAGUGAGCUGAAAAAUGCUGAAGGUUUCAACUUUCCACUCCUUUCAACCAUACAUUCCUCAUGAAACCCAUCUUUCUCUUCUUCAAACCUGCAAAACCCAUAAAGAACCGAAACAAAUUCAUGCAUCCACGAUCAAAACGGGUAUAUUCAACCACAUUACAAUAGCUUCUCGAAUUUUAGCCUUUUAUUCUGACCCGAAAAUUGGAAACCUUGAGUAUGCUAGAUCAGUUUUUGAUCAAAUUGAAGAACCCAAUUCAUUUACUUGGAACACCAUUAUUAAGUGUUAUUUAGAGAAUCAUCAUUCUAAUGAUGCAAUUCUUAUGUUUUGUGAAUUGCUUCGUGAAUCGUCCGUAAGCCCAGAUAAUUUCACAUUGCCUUCUGUUAUCAAAGGAUGUGCUCGAUUAUGUGCACUUGAGGAAGGAAAACAGGUACAUGGGUUAAGUUUGAAAACUGGGUUUCAAUCUGAUUUAUAUGUACAAAGUAGUGUUGUUAGUUUGUAUUCUAAAUGCUUAGAUAUUGUUUCGGCUCGAAAAGUGUUUGAUAGAAUGGAGAAUGCAGAUAUGAUUUCUUGGAAUUCUUUAAUUGAUGGGUGUGUGAAAUGUGGAGAAAUUGAACUUGCUCAGAAGUUGUUCGAUGAAAUGCCAGAGAAGGAUUCAUUUUCUUGGACUGUUCUAAUUGAUGGGUACUCAAAAUGUGGCAAGGUUGACAUUGCUCGUGAUGUUUUUGAUAAGAUGCCGAAUAGGAAUUUGGUUUCCUGGAAUGCGAUGAUUAAUGGGUACAUGAAGUCUGGUGAUUUUGUGUCUGCUCAACAACUAUUCGACUCGAUGACAAAAAGAAAUAUCAUCACAUGGAAUACAUUAAUUUCUGGAUAUGAACGAAAUGAACGGUUUAUCUUAGCUCUGGAGGCUUUUGAGACUAUGCUUGAAGAGGGUCUAACUUCGACUAAUUCAACGUUGGUCAGUGUUCUUUCUGCUGUUUCAGGUUUAGCACUUCUUGAAAAGGGGAAUUGGAUUCACUCAUAUUUGGUCAGAAAUGGGUUGAAAAUAGAUGGUGUUCUUGGAACUGCACUUAUAGAAAUGUACUCCAAGUGUGGCAGUAUUGAUAGUGCUUUGGGUGUCUUUCAAGCAAUACCGAAGAGGAGAUUAGGGCAUUGGACUGCUAUGAUUGUAGGGUUAGGAAUGCAUGGUAUGGCAGUUGAAGCUCUUAAACUGUUCAGAAAAAUGCAGAGACUCCAAAUGAAACCUAAUUCCAUAACUUUCAUUGGGUUACUAAAUGCUUGUAGUCAUGCCGGUAUGGUUAAUCAAGGUCGUCAGAUUUUCAGUAUUAUGGAAGAAGAAUAUGGGAUAGAACCUACUAUUGAACACUAUGGAUGCUUGGUAGACCUCUUAUGCCGAGCAGGGCACCUAGAAGAGGCGAAGAACGUCAUAGAAAAUAUGCCCAUCAGGGCAAAUGCAGUAAUUUGGAUGAGUCUUCUGAGUGGUAGUAGGAACCACAGCAAUGUUGAGAUCGGUGAAUGUGCCGCCAAGCAUGUUAUCGAGAUGGCUCCAAAAACAGUUGGAUGCUAUGUUCUUCUCUCUAACAUAUAUGCCACAGUUGGUAGAUGGAACGAGGUCUCGAAAGUGAGAGAAAUGAUGAAGAAUAUUGGAAUAAGAAAAGACCCAGGAUGCAGUUUGAUCGAACACAAUGAUGUUUUUCAUGAGUUCGUUGUUGCUGAUAGUUCACAUCAUCAAAAAGAGGAGAUCUAUUCUAAGUUAAGCGAGAUGGACGACAGAUUGAGAUCUGCCGGGUACAUUCCUGACCUAACUCAAGUCUUGGUGUGCGUUGAAGGGCAGAAGGAGAAGGAAGCUGAAUUGGCUAACCAUAGCGAGAGAUUCGCUAUUGCUUUUGGGCUUAUCAAUGUGAAACCAGGAAAACCUAUUCGGAUUGUGAAGAACCUUCGAGUCUGUAAUGAUUGCCACUCUGUUACUAAAUUACUCUCAGCCAUAUAUGAUCGUGAAAUUAUUGUGAGGGAUAAUAGCAGAUACCAUCAUUUCAGAAAGGGGACUUGCUCAUGCAAAGACUAUUGGUGACUGAAUGGCUGCGGAGGUACCUAGUAGCAGGUACUAUCCUUUGCGCUUUUUCUUUUACAUUUUGAAGGUUAUAUGGUCUUUGUAGAGAAAUGUUAAAACUUAAUUUUCAGAAUUUUGUUGUAGGAUUGUAACAAUAAACACGAGUACUUUCUAAGAAUAUUUGCAUGGCCAACUAUGGCAAAGCAAUAAAAACAAAAUAUUUGAUUUUUC